AUGUUAAUCAAUUUUAAGGGAUAAGAAAUUAAAGUUGGCUAUAUUGAUUUCAAUAGUUUGAUUGAAAUAAUCGAAGCCACAUUUCCUUAUGAAUUACACACAAUGUACCAACUCAUCUAUAAGGAUGAUGAUGAUAGUAAUCCUGUCUUCAUUGUGGAUGAAGACUCAUUGCAGAGUGCUAGUAAUAUAUAUUAUCCAUUACUAUAGAAAAUCUCUGUCAAACCAAAAACAUCGAACUUGUCUUAGAAGUUCAGAAUGCAAACAUUGAUGCUUCCGUUUAUAUUCUCAAAAGACAAAUCGUAUAUUGUAUCCACUUAAAAAUAGAGUAGCGACAAAUCAAACAUCUAUUAGGAGAGUCUUCAUCAGAUCAAGGAAAAACUGAGGGGAUACAAAGAAGAACAAGAAAUUUAGCAGUCUAUUUUCGAAGUUAAGGAUGAGGAUCUCACAAUUCCACAUAUAAUGCAAUAUUACUAGAAUUAAUUGGCAAAGUUUGUAGCCAAUUAUCAAAAGCAAUCUAACGAGCACAAGGCUAAAAAUUACUAGUUGUAUUAAGAAUGCUUUGAGAUGAUGUUGGAACGGAUGAACAAAAAAUUAUAGAAUUAAUUUGAGCUUAUUAUUUAGAAAUCAAAAGGUAUUUAAUAGAAUGUAGAGAAAAUAAAUGAUUUCUAACAAUUCUAAUGA